CCCCAACCUCGUCUUGCAAAAACACACACAACAACCAAGAUUCCAGGUCGGCCUGCACUGCUGUCUAUUCCCCCCAAAUUACCACGUCGCCAUGGCUGAUACCGCCACCAUCGCCCCCGAAGCCGUCGAGGAGCCGUUCGAGCAGAGGCAGAGAACCCGCUCAUGACAUUGAAAGAGGGAGGUGCUGACGUCCCGACGGGGCGUGUGCUUACAGUAGCCUGUCAUUCACUAGUGUGGCAGGUUCGCGGGACCAUCGCACACAAGUCAGCAAGGACGCCUUCAGGUUCGUUGACGCUGGACAUGGUUGCAAAGGCUGGAGCAGAAGCCUCACCUCUGCCAAUGCCGGAAUCGUGUAGAAGUCGACGGCAAAGCCGAAGCCUCGCGCCUUCUUCUCACACAAUAACGAUGAUGAUGAAGAUGACGAAAAGGGCGGAGGAAAGAAGAAGCGGGAUGACUGGAAAGAAGCACCAGCGGCGACGACCAGCUGCCCUCACCUACACUACGUCCAGCAUCCAACCAUCAACAUUUAACACUUGGUGUCUUCUCUCUUUCCAAAUCCAUCCAACAUCCAUCAUCAUCCUUACGCCUUCACUUCUGCAUUAAUCAUGAAUCACCUUUACUAUUUCCAUUAUCUCUAUCGUCCGGAACUUCGACUCCCGGUCCCCCUCGUGCAAACAAGUCACUCAUCAACGUCCGGCUCUCUCAACGACAAGAGGCCCACCACGGCCUCAGCAAUGGCGGGCUUUGGCGAUGGCCAAGAGCUACAGCCAUAGGGAGAGGGGGAGUGUCUGCCAGCACGGCCAACCAGCACGCUCAAGGUAAGAAGCCUGUUUGACCACACUUCACAUCUCACACACAACAGCAACCCGACUGACUCGCAUCUUUCUUCAUCUCUAGC